AUGCUGACCUUCAUGCUCGCGGUCUCCUCGGCGAGCGCGCCGAAGAUGAGAAGCCUCGCGCAGGAGGCGCAGGCGAGAGAGCUGACCGCUCUGCGGCAGCUGCUCCCGCUCGCCCGCGAGCUCCUGGGUGCGCAGGCCGAGUCCGCGGAGAGGCAUGUGCGCAACUUCGUGCGCGACCCCCACGCCACGGACAUGCCGCCCUGGACCGGCAGGGCGGAGCCCCACCCGCCGCGCCAGAGCCGGAGAGACGAACGCGGGCGGCGGAACAUGGUGCGCGCCGGCUCCUCCCUGGCGAUCGCGCUGGAGGCUGCGAGCACCAGAUCAGAUAUUCCAUCGGCCCCUGGAAGGCUCUCAGGAACGAGGUCUUGCGCAUCCUUGGAUGCGGUGCUCCAGGAAGGCGCUCAAGCGGAUGGCAUGGACAGCAAGCAAGACAGGGUCAUCCCCAAGAGCCGGGUGUACACCGCCGCGGGCCACCCUGUCUUGCACCACCAGGACUCCAGCAUGUCCGUCAUGUCUGCGAGCUCUUUCAGCGACUUCAACAAAAAGAAGAAGAAUUUCCGCAUGGGGCCGAUCGUCUCUGGGCGCGAGUUCACAGAGAACGCUACCGGGCAGGCGAAGAACAGCGUGAACUUGCAAUUCCGUGCGGACCCGAAGUUGCAGGCUACUCCUGAGGUGAAGGAAGAAGACGCUAUGACCUACCGCACGGAGGACGUAUUGUCGAAUGCCGAGGCCAAGCUGGUGUACACCACCCACGGCUCGAACGGGAGCGACGAGCUGGGAUCCUUCAAGGGUCAGCCCAGGUCGCAAGCCCUCAAGUCCCAGAACGUGUGGCUCAAGAAGGAGCUGCAGGGGAUGCAGAAGGAGCUGGACAAGGCGUCGGAAGAGCUGAAGGAGGCGAAGUCCAAGCUGAACACGCACACCGACCUGCACCAGGAGCAGCUCGAGAUCCUCCGCGGCUUCCGAAAGAUCAUCAGCCGCACGUGGGACGACUGGUACUCGUGCCCAAUCGAGGUUCACGUGUUCGAAGACAGGGAGGGACUGCGAAUCGAUCUCGAGGACAUUUGCAGGAUCCUGGAGAUUCCGUGCCAUUCGUGCGGCGACACUGCCAAGGGCCAGGAGUUGCUGCAGGAGCUGGCAGAGCGGGUAGAUGCGGACAGGAAGAAGUGGACAGAAAUCCUGGCCUGCGACACCACGGCCGGCACGGGGCCGGUCGCCAGCUGGCGGUCUCUGAGGACGGACCAGGGCGACGGCUUCUGCACACGGGUGGUGUUCCUGGGAGCGCUGUUCCUCCCGCACCUCCCCACGCAGUGGGUCGCCGACGGCCUCUUCGUGGCGCUGGUCAGCGAGGCCGAAGAGUUCGUGGAGCUGGGGGCCUCGCUGGGAGCGACUGACGAGGUGGACGUCAGAAGGAAGCUCAAGGACAAGGGGAUCGACGAGUACCUCCUGUACCCCGUAUCGCAGUCCGCAGUGGAGGAAAUGGUGCGCGGGUCACUACAGCAUCAGUUCAGGGCGGAGUACUUGUUAGUGCGACAGUUGGGUCGUGGUACGAUGGGGGUGGUGUACCGAGCAAAGCGAGUAUCCGAUGGAGAUUGCUUUGCGUUGAAGGAGAUCAAUACACGCAAGUUCAACAAGCAAGGUCAGGGCGACAUCAUCCGCCAGCUCGAGACCGCCCAGAGAUUUCAGUGGCCGACCCUGGUGUCCGUGCUGGAUUUCUGGAUGGUGACGAAGGAUCGGCUGAUGUACUGUCUGAUGCCGUUGCUCUCGGGCGGCAGCCUGGAGAGCCACAUCAUGACGGCCAAACAGGACGGCGAGCCCAUUUCCUUUGAUCAGGUCGAGGAGUGGUACGUCCAGGCGCUCCACGGCCUGAGCUACAUGCACUGGCGGGGCGUGCUGCAUCGAGACGUCAAGCCCGACAACCUGCUCACGGAGGGCGACCAUGGGGCCGUGCUCAAGAUCGGGGACAUGGGCAGCGUGCGGGAGCUCCCAGGGCAAGGCCCCCACCCGUCGCCGGACACGUGGGUGCCUGCGGCGGUGACCACACCGGGCUACGCCGGCCCGGAGGCGCACACCCAGGCGGUGUACUACAGCGGGUCUGACCUCUGGUCGGUCGGCGCCACCUUCUACGAGGUCUUCACCCUGGAGCCGCUGGUCCCGGCGCCUGACGACCCGGACACUCCAGAGACGGCGAUCUCGGAGCUCGUGUCUCAGUUCGACCCCAGCCAGCUGGAGAUGGGGCCGACCGCUGGCAAUCUGGACCUGAUCGCAGAGAAGGACGGCGGCCUGGUCGCCGACCUGCCGGAGCUGCUGCGGGCGGAUCCGCGUGCGCGGCCCAGCGCCUCCGAGCUGAUGCGGCGGCCCGCCAGCGCGCAGGUGCUGCGAGCGGUGCUGGAGCAGAAGCACGGGCUUCCGAGCUUCCACUUCGACGAGAUGACGAGCAUCCACGAGGACUGGCUCGAGGCCUGCCGUGCCAGGGGGGACCCGAGCACCCAGGUCUGA